AUGGAAGACGUCGAUUCCCAAAUUAAAUCCUUGGAUAACGCAAAUGCGCUUCUCGUAUCCAAUACGGAGUUGUUGCCACAGAUAUUACCGCAAAUACUAUCAAUUCUACUAAAUAAUCAAGAAAUAAAGUUAUUGAACUGGUGCCUUGGAUUCAUUUCAAACCUAUUAUGCUUUGGGUGUGCGUUUGAUAUUGCUUUGAGGAAACAAACUUCGAUAACAAUUUGUGAUACAUUCGUGGUCUUGGUAUCUGAUUCACAGUACUUGAAAAACAAGUUACUAAUAACACAGCAUCCAAUGCUUCUCAAGAAAUUUAUUAAUAUUUCUAUCGAUUUAUUGGAACUUUCUUUCUCCAAUGUUGUGGAUGAAGAUAUUGAUGAUGAAAAAUCAAAGGACUUGUGGAUUAAUAUGGGGAAGAUCAAGCUGUUUUUAAUGUUCCAAUGGAAUCAGAAAGUUCCUUUAGCUCCCCUUACAGAAAUUGAUGAGGAUGACGAGCUGAUGGUGAAGAAUAUCAGUACAAAGUUGUCACUAUUGAAGUUUUUUUUCAAAAUUAUCGAAAUUCAAGCAGAAAUGCCCCAGGAUCCUCGUAAACGUAGACAGCGAACUAUUCCUAAGGUUUGCAACGAUUUACAGAAGCUUUCCACUGCUUUGAUACAAGAUGGCACUUUUGCAGGUGAACAGCUAUUCGACAUGACACAGGAAUCAGAGGAUAUGUUAAAAUUCGUAAUGGGUUUGGUGGUGUAUAAGAAGAAUAUUAGUUGUCAAAUCCUCUCUGCAAUAUCAUUCCUACUAAUUAAGUUGCUUCAGAAAAGAUCUAACUACGUCCGUUUAGUUACACCGGCAUUAAUAGAUGUGUCAUUUGAUGAUAAUUUUCCCGUGGAAAAGGAAAUGUUUACAUUGAAUUCUGGAAAUGCCAAAGAUAAUUUCUAUCGAUUGAAGUUCAAGCUUCACAAAAGAUUUUCCAAUAGAGCCCUCAAGAUUUUGAUCGAUUAUUUAUUUAAAAAUAACCAUUUGAAUCCUUACGUUCAAAAAGAGAAAAUGCUAUCCGAAAUGAACGAAUUUGAAAAGCUAUCACUGAGGUAUUUGGAUAAAAUUAAUCACUUAUUAAUGAUUCAAAAUGAAGAAAGAACCAACAAGAAUCUCUUAACAGACCUUCCCCAUGAUUACUUCAAACACAUAAUUCAUAAAGUUCAGCAGAAACAGCUGAAAUCACACGAACAAGAUGAUGACUACGUGGUAGAGCCCGAAACAGAGUUAAUCGAUUCGUACAGCUCAUUGUUUGAAAGUGUUAAUGAUAAUCCGAAAUUUAAGUUUGAUUUGUCGACCAUCCCGAAUAAUAUUCUUGUCAAUUUAGUUUUGCUUUCCUUAGAUAGAGCUGGUACUUCUGAAUUAAUUCAUAAAUUAGACUCAAUCGGGGAUAGAUAUGUUGAUAUUAUGGAAAAAGCGGAAAAAUUCCCCCAGAUACAGGAAAACGUUAUUACAGAUGGUGUUCCUAAAAAUUAUAAUACCAUUAAUGGCGCUACUGUGAACUCUUACGGAAAAGGAAAUUACAAGAGAAUAGCUGCGAAUAUCAAGGAAGACUUUAAAAUAUCCAAAAAAAGUAACGCCAACUACACCAGGAAGAAUAAUAAGAAAAAGGUAAAAUUCACACCGUUGCAACAACACACCAGAGUCAAAAAAACAGAAGGACAAGGCAAUACAGGCCACGGUGCUGAUGAUGAAGAUGGUGACGAUGACUAUAGCCCAAGUUUUAUUGAUGACUAUAAUGAAAUCAAUGAUUCAAAAUCUGCAAAAACAGAAGUUAAAAAUGAAAAUAAUGAUGAGUACGAUCCAACCGAAUUUUAUUAG